AUGGCCGCCCUCCUCGACCCCACCAGCCACGAGUACAAGAAGGCGCGAAAGCAGCACUUUAAAUCCCUCCGUAAUCGCCAUCAUGAUGACUCCGCCUGGACGCCCUUCCGCGCCGCGGAGAAGCACUACAAAGCGCGCUUCCCCCCACCGGAUCUGUCCAAUGUCCUCGACCUUGCUCUCCUUGACCCUGCGAGGGAAGCGGAAAUUACAACGGGAGGUUGGAGAGGCAGUCGCAAUGUCGAAGGAUUGGAAUAUCAACGACUAGAACACGCUAGCUCAAGAGCGUUUGUCCUGCCGCGUAUCCCAGGUUUAAUCCUCCUCCCCUCCUUCGUCUGUCAUGAGAAGCAAAAGGAGCUCAUUCGCUGGGCAAUCGCCGAGCACGCCAAACCGCCAACGGAGACGAACCUCGACAUCCACUACGUUAUUCCCGAAGAGGGUGUCUGGAAAGCUUGGUUGGACUCCAAAGAAGAUCCAGCGCGGGACUCCACAGCCAUCCCCAAAGCUACUCUGCCUGAUGCUGCGCACGCUACCAUCCCUCAGCCGCCUCCCGGCCCGCGUCAACUCAUCAACAACGAGCCCGCUUCCCCAGCUAACUUUACCUCUAUCGUGCAUACAGAGAAGAUUCCACAACCGCCUUCACCCACCGUCAAGCCCGUCUCGACGUCAAGCUUACUCCGUAAACUGCGUUGGGCGAACCUUGGGUGGUUCUAUCACUGGGGGACGAAGCAAUACGACUUCGUGAAGGGGCCGGAUGCGAUCGACGAGAGGGUGAGGGCUCUGUGUAGGGAGGCGGUGCAUAGUGUAGAUUGGGGAGAGGUGUUUGAUGGGAGGGAAGGGGACUGGGGUGAGGAGAAAGAUGAGUGGAAGACGUGGAGGGAGACGUACGAGCCAGAUGCGGGUAUAGUCAACUUCUACCAGACCCAGGACACUCUCAUGGGCCACGUCGACCGGUCGGAAGUAUGUGCGACAUCGCCGCUGGUCUCUAUCUCCCUCGGAAACGCAGCCGUCUUCCUCAUUGGCAGUACGACGCGAGACGCAGCACCAACACCCAUCCUUCUACGCUCCGGAGAUGUCGUUAUCAUGUCUGGCCCUGCUUGCAGGAGAGCGUACCAUGGCGUACCACGAAUACUGGAAGAUACACUGCCGCCACAUCUUCGCCGUAAUGGCGAUCCAGAAUGGGAGCCUUUCGAAGAGUACAUGCAGACGACGCGCGUGAACGUCAAUGUUCGACAAGUAUUCCCCAAAGGAUUUGAUCCCUCAGUAGUGAAGUCGUGA